AUGGCCGACGUCAUGUCUCAACAGGGCCUAUCUGCUCCUCACUCUAGACAAGAUAUCAUCAGCGCACUACUCAACGAAUAUGCCACUGGAUUCGGACGCGGUGAUGCAUGCAAUUCAGUAUAUUCGCCUAUACAGGAGCUCAAGUCGCUUCCCCCAACUCCACAUGAUAUCCCACGCAAACAACUACCACCCGGUGUGCAAGCGAUGCACGCACCUUUCCAGCUGCGAGAUGAUCAAGACGCGCCUUUAUCGCCUACUAGCCCGCUCAAAGACUCUCCACCAAGGAAGAGGAUUCUGUCUCGCAGUCUAUCUCGUGGAUCCAAACCACCUUCGCUAAAUCUGACCGUUAGCAACGGAUCCACGGCGACGAUUCCACCUACUCCGGCACUUCCUCCGCGAAAGCAGUCCGUACCGGAUAAGGAUCUUCCCCCUGCUCCGCCAACCAAGUCUGAAGGGCGGCAAUCACUUAGGCAGGGUGAUAUGGGAAGCAAAAUGUCAAAGACACGAGAGGCUGCCAAGCGCGAUUCCCUUUUGUCUCAAGGCGAACCUGCACAAGUCUCGCCACCGAUUGUCAAGCGCAAAGCCGUUCCUGAGGCAGUCAAGAAGUUCAAGAGCCUUGCAGAGCUCGGUAAUGGUCCACGAGGAAGAAAGGGGGCCCCUACUUCUCGUACAUCUGCACAGAGAGAUGAGAGCGUCGACAGCCAGCGAUCAAAUGCUACCGCUAGGAACACCAGUGUGGACAGCAAACGGGACAUGUCCACAUCCAGCGAGUCUCGACGCAACGAGCAGCCUCGCAACAUGCAAGCAGAACUCCCCCCAACACCAGAUGAAGAAAAAGAUGAGGCCAAGCCUCCUGCACCACCCAAGAAGGUCUUCACCGGCCUCCCCUCCAACCCACGCGGCAAAGCACUAGCCUCGCCGCUGCACAUGCGUGGGAAGAGCAGUACCGGCUUCAACGUCUUGAAGGCGAUGAGACCAGCUCCUCCUCCCCCAAAUGUGCCUGAUGUGCGUUCCAUGACGCCUGAAAUGACACCUUCACCACCCAGUUUGAAGCCAGGCGCCGCAAACAAUGAUUUUAUGAUUUCUCCUCUUUCACCUUUGCCUGCGCCGAGCGAUCAGAGGCGUCCGUUUAGCUAUGAGCCGGUUCCUGCUGUCGAUGCUGCUCCUGUCCCUGCUGCUGUUGUUGCCCAGCCAAUGCCUGUAGAAGAGAAGCCAGUGACAGUGACCGCCGCCCCCGCCGCCCCAGCUUCAAAAUCUCCAACAGCAGAACCCAGAGUCCCGCUUUCUAGACCCUCUCUCCAGACACCGGAACCGUCCCCUGCCACCCAAUCUACCAGCGCAGGUCUCUACCCGAAAUCCUCCGACCUCGAGGACUGCCCCCUAUCUCCUGAGCCAGGCCCAUCUGUCCCUUCUUCUCCCGUCAAGUCUGUACCGACUGUUCAAAACGCAGCAGUAGCGCCUGUACAUUCGCUACCAUCACCAUCAGUCGAAAUUUCGCCCUCAUCGCCCAGCAAAGCGCCCGCCGUCCAAGCCCCCAAAGCUCUCCCCACACCACCUCUCCAACAACCACAACAACAAACCAUCUCACCAACCCUCCCCUCGCCUCCAGUCCAACAAGCCCAACAACCUCAACCCCUCCCCCAAGAACCCAAAACACCACCCCCCUUCUCCCCCCUAACCCGCCACCCCAUCCCCCUCCCCAUCAUCCCACCAAUCACCCCCGCCCACCUAAACUGCUACACCGCCCACCGCCACAACAUCUGGAGCAACAACACGUUCCAGCCCAUGGCGUGCAUGGUGUGUCGUGAGAAUAACCGCGAGCGUAAGUGGACGUGCACGUGGUGUCAGUUGAGGAUUUGUGGCAAUUGUAGUGAGGAGUUGAAGGCUGUGCCGGGGAGGGAUUUGGGCAAGAUGAUGGAGGGUAGGGAGGAGAGGGUUAGGAAGGUGCUUGGGGUUGUUGUUGAGGAGUAG